AUGCUUCAAGUUUAUUUAGCCAUGGAACAAUCUGCCGAGGAGAUAUCUGCCGUUCAACACCAUAUCAGUUUCUCAGAGAAUUUGUCCCAGGCGAAGCUUAGCUCUGAUGAACUUGAGAAUAUGGCAAGCGAAGAAGAACUGAGAAACUGUGAACUUGACGCAGUACUUAAUAACCCUGUUGAGCAUGAAAAGGAAGAUCACUUUAUAAAUCAGCCAACGGAGGAAAAGGCUGAGAAGCUGAGUGUAUCCGAAGAGAGCGAUUAUGAAGAACCUAAACAAAUUAACGGCGCUUCCUCAGCUAUUAUUGACGAGACUGCACCUGCUGUUAUCAUGGAAACCCAGUCUCCCCUUUUGGAAACCUCUGAACAUGUGGUGCUUUCUUCUCAAGGGAAAAGUAUUGACGAUACAAAACCCGUUGAAGGGGUUGCGUUGGAGAAGGAAGAAGAGCACAAAUGUACGAAGUGUCUCAAAUGUGGUGAAUUAAUUAAUUUGGCUGAGAAUAAAAUCAACGACUUUUCUCCGUCGCCGCUACAUUUUCAUGUAAAUUGCUUCCUUUGCGUUCACUGCAACACCCCCAUCUCAGAUGAAAACUAUCAACUGAUCGAAGGCAAGCCAUUCUGCAAGCUCCAUUGUGACAACCCCUCAUCUUUGCAGACCCCGAAAGAGGAAGAGAUUCACGUGCCCAUAGAAAAGCAUGAGGACGAAAAGUUGAAGUUGGAGUCUCCGAGAUCUGUGGAGGAAAAGGAGAUCAAAUCAAAUGGUCAGGAGUUGCAGCCUGAGGAAGAGGCACCAAGUGCUGAUAUUCUCCCGCCUACGGGAUCUGCUAAACGCCUAGUGGAACAAUGGAGCAACAUUGAAGCUCUUAAAAUCGGUCAAUCGGCCGCGAAUGUAAGUCACCAGCGCGAAGUGUAUGACACAUUGUUUUCCUACGCCCACGAGCACUUGGACGAUAUUUGGGAGUUUGAUAUUCCCACGGGCUGAGUCUCCAUAGAGCCAAGCGAGCAUCUUCCAAGUCAAGGCCAGGCCAGAGGUCUGAUUGCAAAAUUCUCUGCCAUGCAUGCCUGA